GAGGAGGAGGGAUGCCCGUCCUGCGCCGGCCGUUUCCCGGCGGAGCCGUCAGCUGACGCCGCCGUUUCCUGGCUGCCGCCCGCCAUGCUGCGGCUCCUGCUCCCGCUGGCCGCCCUGGCCGCGCUCCUCCAGGCGGCGGGCUUUGGAGAAGUCUGAUUCACAACGGCAGGCAAGGAUAUCUGCUGAUCAUCUGCAGCUUCUGGGACCACAGUUGCAUCUGUCCAGUGGGGAUUUCACUGCUGCUGUAGCAUGUGUUUGUAGAACCUCUUGCAUUUGGCUUUGUUGACCCAAGGCAUCCCUUCAUAACCACAUUAUUGACUUCUGGAGACUUCUGCAGAACAGAAGGGAGCAGUCAGGAAGCAAAGAUGAUCUCCUUCAAGCAACUGCCCAUUGAAGCCAAGGCUGCAGUGGCUGCAGGAGUGGUUUUUUUCUCCAUGAUGCUAUCACGGAGUUACCUGGCGGAAAAACUCGAUUUCAGGACGCGGCGCUGGCUUCUAAGGCUGCAAAUGGCACUAUUUGCUAAUACGCUCAUGUUGAUGGGAUCUCUUCAUGUUUGGAGAAGCACAGUCACCACGUUCACCAGGUCUUCAGCUGCCAGCUCCUUCUGGUUCAUGCUGUGGAAAAUAGCUGUGUUCAUGUUUCUAGCUUUGGCUCAUUCAAGCUUCUUUACAUUGCUAUUUCUUGUUGCAGAAGAGCCCUAUUUCUUUUCUUUAGCUGCCUACACUUGCUUGGGGGCCUAUAUUAUUCUCAUCUUUUUCCUCUUCACUCUAGGCUCUGUGGAGCAGGCUUACAAGUUCUUGGCUGGGAGAGGCGCUAAGGCAAGCACUGGCAAUAAGAACAGAACAGCACUGAAACCAGUUCUGGCAGUCUUGCUGACUGUUGUGCUGACUGUUGUUGGGCUGUUAAAUGCUUCCCAGCCCCCUACUGUGAAUUCAGUGGAGAUUCCAGUUCACAAGCUGCCCUCAGCAAUGAAUAACCUGAAAGUGGUGUUGCUUUCAGAUAUCCAUCUAGGGCCUACAGUUGGGAAGACCAAGCUUGCCAUGAUAGUGAGAAUGGUUAAGGCUUUAAAACCAGACAUCACCGUGAUUGUUGGGGACCUGUCUGAUGCUGAGGCAAAGAUCAUACGACCUGCUGUUGAGCCUCUUGGAGAACUUGAUUCUCCUUUGGGCACUUACUUUGUCACAGGAAACCAUGAGUACUACACCUCAGAUGUUAGCAACUGGUUUGAGCUGUUAAAAUCAUUUAACAUUCAGCCAUUGCAUAACGAGAAUGUGAAGAUUGUUUCACCAAAGAGCACUUCUGACUGGUUCUGUCUGGCUGGCGUGGAUGAUAUUGAAGCAGAUGUGUUGCGCUAUUCGGGACAUGGCAUGGAUUUGAAAAAAGCUCUCAGAGGUUGUGGCAGUGAGCAUGCAAUAGUGCUCUUAGCUCAUCAGCCAAUUGCUGCAAAGUGGGCCCUUCAGGAGAGACCAGACAUAAAUUUAAUUCUCUCUGGCCAUACUCAUGGAGGGCAGAUUUUCCCUCUAAAUGCUGGAGCUUAUCUUCUGAAUCCAUUCUUUGUUGGCUUGUACCAAGUUGGGCAGAAUACCUUUGUCUACGUCAGCCCAGGGACGAUGUACUAUGGAAUACCCAUGAGGCUGGGCAGCAGAGCUGAAAUAACAGAGAUUAUUCUGCGUUCUCCUUGAGGAGUUUUCCAUUUGACAGACUUCUAAUUUUUGGUUUUGUUUUGUUUUUUUUUUUUUUGGCCAGUAUAUUGGCUCUUCUACUAUGAAAGCAAAUCCUUUUUCAGGGAAGCCAGCGAAGAUGUGCUUGGCUGAACUUCAGCAGGUUCUGUUAAGUUUGAGCAGAAAACACUAACUGUAUCUUGGGCCUAUGAAACAAAUUUGGCACAUGUUAAAGUACUGAAGUAAUUAUGUCUUUGACUUCAUUAUCGUUGAGGUUCUGCAUUUAAAGAUAACACUGAUGUCACGGAGAUAAUGUGUGUCCUGUGCAUGUUUAGUAAUAGCUAUGUCUUGCAGCUACUUCAUGUUCCACUGUUUGGUGUCCAUCAGGCAACUGCCUUAUCAGAUCUCAGGCAGGUGAAGUUCUCAGCUUGUGCAGUGAAGUCACUGAUGUGUGCUUUGCAGAAAGGCCUGCAAGAAUGUGCACUGAGUAUGUAAACUCUAGGAGGCUUAUGCUAGAGUUAUUAUGGGAAAGGAAGAGUUUAAUAAUUUAGGGUUGUUUUUUUUUUUUAAUUGAGACUGGAUAUUUUUAUCCUGCUGUCUGUCUGCAGCAUGCACCAGGGCUUCCAGUUACUAGUACUAUCAGUUGUGAGGCAUCAGUUCUGAAAUUCAGUUUUGUCCAGUUAAGAAGUUGGAGGGACUGACACCAAAAGGUGAAAGCAGCUGUCUUUCUCAGGCAUUUUCCCCAGAAUAAUUGGGCAUCCAGUAAAUUUUUACUGAAAACAGCUCUAAUAAAGGCAAAUGAGGAAAAUUCCAAAAUUAACUUUUGUUAUUGUCUGACACCAUACAGUACCUCCUUAUUUAAAGCACUAAUUCCAAAGCUGAAAUACUCAGUGUCUUUUGUCUUCAUUCUGUAUUUUUUUCUUUCUAAUUUAUCCUCCAUCAUUUUUCUCUUGCAAGAAUAAAUAGAUGCUAUUUCAAUACAAUGCAAAUAAAUUAAUACUUGAAAUUUGUUAAAGGCUUUAAUAUUUAAGUAAAUUAUGUCCUCUUUUAAUGAAACUAAACUCUGCAGCAGGUGACUUUCCCUAAGAGCAUUUGGAUGUCAGUGUCCUUGUUGUCUGAUGGGCACAUAGGAGAGAAACUGCUACGGCAUAAUGGAUAGAGGAUUUCUUCCCAUCUUUCAUAGAAGGGCUUAUAAUGAAUUAACAUAAUUAUGCUAUUUUUGGGGUAUUAGAGAAUAAUUAACACAAAUAUUCUUGUUUCUAUAUCUUUGCAUUCAUGUAAGAUAUCCAGGAUGUAAAAUAAUGUGUGACUUUUGCCCAGGCCAGUAAAACACUUUACUUCUUCCCUUCCCACCUCAUUUCUGCUGCAUGAAAUAUCACAAACCACUAGAGCCUGGGAAUCCUGCCUCUGUAGUCUGCAGCUGUAGCUGCAGGGCUUUCCUUGCUCUGCCUUUCUGGCCACCAGUGCUGGUGUUCCCCUCAGGCAGACCCACAGCAUAGGGUAAAAGAGAGCAGUUCUUAUCCAGGAGACUGAGGAUGGGAGACCAGAGCUGUGGUGUUCAGUCUUUUCCUGCCUUCCUGUGUGAUCCUGAACCAGACAACCAUAGACACUUGGUUUCGUUCUUCAGCUUCUGUUCUCAUAUUGAAGGAGAUAGGUAGGAGUGUGUUUGAAAAGUUUUGCAUCCUGCUCCUCUGUACAAACAUCUUACAUUUUUACUCAGGAAUAGUGAGGAAUACUCUAAAUGUGUCACAAAGGUUAGUGGAAUUGUUGGAGAAGUCAGUCCUCUUCUGAAAGACUGAAUACCUUACCAGCCAUGCUCUCUCCUUGCCAGAUGGGAUAAUUUCUGUUUCCCGCCCCUUAUAAUUUUGUAAACUUUUUUUUAUGACUGAUAAUAUCUGCUUAAGUAUCCUAAGGUUUCCAUGUGUAUUCAGCACUGCCCACUGUCCAUGCGGGAUCCAUCUGAGGCUUUUCGCAGUUGGUGGCACAAUGUCAGAUGGGGAAGGAAUGAGGAAGGAAUUUUGAUUGCCUGUAACCCUCAGGUUACUUUUCAACUUGGCUUCAGUUAAGAGCUGUGUUCUGGGUUUAGUGGUGCAGAGUAUUCUCACCUGGCCAGUAGUCCAGGAGGAUUUUUACACUUGUUGCACUGAAUGUUCUUACCAUGUUAAGAAGGCUAAUUGUUAACCAGUUUCCUCAACAGGAGACAUUUGUGCGACUGAUUUUAGAUCAUGUGAGUUUCUCAGUAUGAUGCUAGUGUUAUUUACCUUUUUUUCUCCCUGCCCUUUUUAUUUCUCUCUUCAUUCUGAUCAAGUGUGUGCAAAAACAUAGAUGAAGGGGUCCUUCCAUCCCAAAAUUUCUUCAUUACUUUGUGUGCCUCUCUAAGAAGAUAAUUAUGUAUCCUUUCAGAAGCAGAUAUGCAUUGUUUUAGGAGUGGUCAUAUUGUCAUUUCAUACAUUGGUUGAGUUCUCCUGAUGUAAUUUAGUUCUUGCCCCUUUUUUUUGUAUCUCUGUCUCUGAAAGGUUGUUUGCUGGUGAUUACUUCUUACUUUAAAUGCUUUCUUUCUGUGCCAAAAGACUUCAAAGCCUUUUCUUAUUUUGCUUUUCAGUUAUGAAUGAAAGUAUCCUAGACCAACUUUCUGUUUGAUAAAAGGAAUGAACGGUUUCUUAUAAUCUCUCUAAUCAGCAAUCUCUAACUGUCCUUCAAGGUUCUUUCUGUACUUUUUCCAGUUUGAUUUGAAUGUACACAAUGCAGACCUGUAUUCAGUAUUUCAGAUGAAGAAAAAUUGCUGUGCUGCUUAUUUUUUAAUUUUAAAUUUUUUUUAGUAAAUUUUAUGUGUGUGUUGUAAUAUAUUUAAUCUAGAGAACUUAACUAAAUGAUAUAUUUCAUCCUAUAAAAGGCCAGUUCAUUGGGGGCUGAGGAGGAGUUAAUUAAUGUCAGAAUUAAUAGCAGAAUAUAAUAGUAUUGUCACUUUGUGAGAACUAUAUUUAUUAUAUAAUUACUAUAGAAUGGAUUGGUAAAUAUGUAAAUUGUGGUAUAACAAAUGCUUUAAAUGUUGGGAUUUAAUAAAACUUUAUUCUUAUAAUCAAC